CAAAAAAGGUCCGACAAGACCUUAUGCAGGAGAUCAGGGCCGAGGUGAGGGCUGAAUUCCAGAUGCUCUACCAGGAGCAGUUUCAGAGCAUGCGCCCGAUGCAGUCUCCUAUAGAGGAACAUGUGGUCCCUCCCCCUCCCACAGGGAGAAGCGGCAAAGGAAGUUGUUCCGCAUCAGCCAUCCCAGAGGAUGACAUGGACGAUGGUAGUCCAUGUCUGCUAUACAUUUUAGAAGAAGAUGAGAUGGUGCUGGUAGCUCGUGGAACAGAGUUUAGGUCAGCGACUGUAUGUCAUGGUAUGCAACUAUUAGAGGAUGAGGUGAAGGUCUCAGUGGAUGAAAUGAUCAUGCCAGAUGCCUCGGUUCCACUGUCCACGGAAGAGAUUUUCACUGUGGAACAAGCAUAUAAGUCGUUUAUCACUUGGCCUAAAUUUUUGGUUAAACCAGUUUCUGACCCCUCGACGCAGGAACAACAGAAGAUUCCUCUAUCUGAGGAUGACCCUCUUUCUUCAUUGCAUCUACUUGCUGACAUCCUUGAUGAUAAGCCUUUGGAGGUUCAGUAUGAUGCUAAUGUAUUUGGGCAUGGCUCUGAGGUCCCAAUAUACCUUAAUAGCCAAGAUGUCCGUGAGCUUGCGUCGGGAACACAAGAGUUGAAUAUUUCAAUUAUUCAACUAUGGACGAUGUAUAUGUCUGGGGUCACUAAUAAGUUGGGGCGUUCUGAUGAUUAUGGAUUCAUUGAUCCCCAAGACAUUCAUGAAUCAAAUGAUUUUGAUCAUAUCAACAUGAGAAUGAUAAGCAGUUUUCGAAGGGGCAAGAAAAUAUACUUUUUGCCUUAUAUAUCCGGGCGCCAUUGGCAACUUCUUGUUAUGUCUGUGCAAGACAACUAUGCUUUGUGGUUCUGCUCAUUGCACAGGCCUCCUCCCACACAACUCAGACAAGCAAUUGAUUGUUCUAUUCCAGCAAGUAUGAUGAUGGACGGGAGAUCAAUUGUUAAGAGUAGAAAGAUUGCUUGGAUUUCUCUCAAGUGUAACAGACAAAAUGGGUCAUAUGAGUGUGGAUACUAUGUAAUGUAUUGGAUGACCCAUAUUGUUCGUUCUCACAUCACAAGAAGCUGGGAAACGAGAUUCAAGACUACUACACCAGUUCCUGAGAAGUCACUACUAUUCAUUAGGAACGCUGCUGCGAAGUAUAUAGUUAGAUUAUACAAUAGCUCUUAGAUUUAGAUUUAAACAAUGCAUUUGAUUAGAUAGAAUUUUCUUAGACUCUCUACUUUAUUUGAUGUUGAAAUACAUUUGAACAUGUGUUUGUUAUGUUGAAAUUGAAUUUCUGUAAAUGUUUUUAUAUGCAGGUCUGUUUUUGUGGUAGUGGAUAUCACAAAAACAG